AUGGCGAUGUUCCGACCCAAGAGAACAGGUAGUAGAGAACAGUUGUCCUGGCAUCCAACAAAGGAAGGCACUCUGGCUUUUGGCACAGAUGAUGGUUCAGUGGGACUGUACGAUGUGCUGCACACCAAACAUGCCACCAUGUCCAGUACCAGUCACAAGAAGACUGUGUACUCCCUGUCCUGGGGACCAGCUGCUGCAGUGUCAGGAGUCAGCACAAACCUGGCACUGUACAGCUGUGGAGGUGAUGGUGAGAUCUACCAACACUCUUUCAACAAGACUCAGCAACUAGCUGUCUGUAUCUCUGACAUCAUUAAAACUACCAAUCAAAUCAAGCACAAACUGCCUCCUGCGACAGAGAUUGCCUGGAGGGAGGAUGGACAGUUUGUGGCCAUCGGUAAUGAGGAUGGGUCAGUUGAGGUCAUGGCCAGUCAUAAUCUUCGACGUAUCUGCAUCAUUCGGACUCACCAUCGGCCAAUCAACAAGCUGUGCUGGCAUCCCAUGUUGCCUGAUGCCCCAGCUCUCUACAGCUACUGGCUGGCAUCUGCAUCCAACCAAUCAGAUGUGCAUGUUCACAACCUCCUGGCUGUGAUUGGAGCUGAUACUCAGCCAGCUGUCCCUUUGGUCUUUUCUGAACCAUUUCGUCAGGCUGAAGGCCACAAGGCAAAAGUGGUGGAUUUGUCCUGGAGUCCUCAUCGGCCAGGCUGGCUGGUGUCUGCCUCAUACGAUAACACAGCUCAGGUGUGGGAUAUGACUAAAGACAAGGCUGUGUCCAACUAUCGAGGCCACCAGGGAAGAGUGUUGUCUGUACAGUGGUGCCCCACUGAUGUGGACAUGGUGUACAGUGGAGGGGACGACUUCUCUGUUCAGUCAUGGAAGAUAUCUCAACAGGAACAUAAAGAACCACCCAUUGAUCACAAACCACCAGGAAGAAAGCCCAAGUCUAAGGGAAAGGCAAAGAACAGGAUGACAGAGCCUCAUAAACAAGUAGCACAGGACCUGAGGCAGCCAGAGCUUACCAGGAGCCAGGAGCAAGUUGGUACAGGCCCCAGCAGGGAUGGUGCUUUAUCUCAGGAGGACAUGGGAGGGACUAUGGGAACCAGUCUUCAGUCUGAGGACCUGCUCCGACUCCUGGAGGAGAAGCGAGCCCAGCUGUUGAGGAGACAGAAGGCAGAAGACUGUACAUCAGGAGUGCCUCAACUCUCGCUGUGUGAGGAGGACAUUGCCUCAGCAGAUUCUGAAGGUCAGGAGGCAACUGGUCAGCUGAAGAGUCCGACUAGUCAGAGAUCACUCAUGGAGGAUGUAAUGCCAGUGCAGAGGACCAGGGAGAAUGCAGUACCUAUUGUAGCCUCAGCAGCGGAAGGGAGAGAUCCAAGAGUUAAUAGAAAGAAGAAGAAGGGGCGGUCACUAUUUCCUUUAUCAGCUAACAUGGACAACCGUGCCAAGUGUCACCUUCAACAGGACUGCCUGGCACUGACAGAUCUGACCUAUGAAAGAGCUGCUGGAGACUUAGCUGCUGGAAGUGGAGAUCUUGCUGGCCUUGGGCUUUUCUUUGACAGAAGAAGUCUGUACAAAACCUUCAAAGAAGAAAGUCUUAAUCAUUUGCAGAACGGUCAUCUGGAUCAUAGUCUUCAGUUAGCCAUCUGGAGAGGUGACAUUGUGGGAGCCCUGCAGAUGGCCAGGCAACAUGGCCAGCUGACUGACUGGUUAGUGGCCAUGGCACCUCUAGCUGGCCACGACGUAUGGUUGCAGACUGUGGAGGACUAUUCCGAGCAGCUCUGUGCCCAAGACCAGCAUUAUAAGGCUGUAACCUUCCUACUGGCCUGUCACAAAGUACAUGAGGCUAUUGAUUUGCUGAAAAACAACAAAAUGUUCAGAGAGGCUGUGGCCCUAGCCAAAGUCCGUCUCCCUCCCCAUGACCCUGCAGUACUGGAGGUGUAUGAUGCCUGGGCAACUGAGCUGCAGAAAGAUCACUACGAGCAGGCAGCAAAGUGCUACCUUGCCAUGCAGCAGCCCUGUGAUGCUGCAGCUGUCCUGGCCAGAAGAGGGGAUCUGGAAACCCUGCAGGUCGCUGCAAAAAUAGCCGCUGCAGCAGGAAGUGAAGAUCAGCUGUCUUUGGUGGCAUGUAGAUAUGCACAUGAGUGUCAGGUGCAGUGUAAAUGGCGGGAAGGGCAAGAUCUUCUCAGGAACCACAAACAGCUACAGGUCCACAGAUUGAAUCUGUGCCUCCAUGAAGUGCUUGUUCAUGGUCUGUAUGACAUUGGCUGUUUGUCAGAAGGCUGGGCUCAAGCAAUAGUUCCAUACAGCUGGGGAGAAUUGGGCAGUCCAGUUUUUCUACCAGAGUUUCUUCAGUACACCGGUGAGUCGGACCCCUUGUGUCCUUGGUCACCUUACCUUCUCCAGGGCCAGUGUUUCCUGGGCUAUGUUGUACAAGUGUGGAGUCAGUACUGUGGACUUGAUCUGACUACAGGUAACACUCCCCAGCUGUGUCAGCAGCUCACUGCAACACUGACAGGAGGGAGCAAACCUGCCAAUGCUGCAAAGUUACUGUGCAUGGUGUCAUGUCAGGUGACUACAGGUCUGUUGUACCUGGUAGGUGGUGAUGUUCAUGAAGCUGUGACACACUUUGUAGCUGCAGUACACCUAAUACAUGACAGAGGGCAGUACUACAUUAUGAAAGGACUACUACAGAUGCUUCUCCCCCAAGGCAGUUUUUCCCUCAGACAACUGGACACGUUGACAGGGGAAAAAUGUUUCAUGGCAAAAGUCACGGUGCAGGGCAACUGUACAAGUCUACAGCAUAUUUUAAGUUGUCUGUCAGCAUUUUAUCAUGUGGCCACACUGUAUGAACUGUGGUGGAGUGGACCUCAUCAAGCUGUUCAAAUGGUAGACAGUGGAGAUGGUUACCUGGUCUCCAGUGCUACAGACCAACCACAGAAAUGCAGUACUGAUGGAUCCUACACCAUGAAGGCUGCUGCCUCAACACCAGAGGAGAACAACACGUUUCCUGCCACAGACCAGAUGUACUCUGUGUUCAUCCAACAGCUCCAAGCAAUAUCAGCUGCUGUCCUCAUACCUGACGUAGCUCGGAGGUAUGCCCUGGAGGAGAGGCUGGCAGAGAUGGAAUCUACCCUUCAUGGGGCAGCUGCAAAUCAGAGACAAUCAAGAUUGUCAAAAAAUACAAGCACCUGCAAUACAGUACAGACAGACGGUAACUACACCUGCAGCACAGUACAGGCAGAUGGUAACAACACCUGCAGCACAGUACAGGCAGAUGGUAACAACACCUGCAGCACAGUACAGGCAGAUGGUAACAACACCUGCAGCACAGUACAGGCAGAUGGUAACAACACCUGCAGCACAGUACAGGCAGAUGGUAACAACACCUGCAGCACAGUACAGGCAGAUGGUAACAACACCUGCAGCACAGUACAGGCAGAUGGUAACAACACCUGCAGCACAGUACAGACAGAUGGUAACAACACCUGCAGCACAGUACAGGCAGAUGGUAACAACACCUGCAGCACAGUACAGACAGAUGGUCUGCAAACAGGUCCUAGUCGGAAAAACAAUGCUGAAGAUGAAGAGUGGAUCAACAGGGGGAGCCUGAAUGGGAACUCACAGAUGAUGGCUGGACUGGGUGUGCAACAGUUGGAAACUUGUCAGGAUGUUAACCAGAGUACACAACUGUCACACCUUAAAGACCAGUUGUCUACCAUACCACAGGGCUACAGGAUCCUGCCAUUCCCUGAGCCUGUAGAGUUGGCCAUGACACUGGUGUACCUGUGCUGUCACUGGCCUCAGAACCAGGACAUCAUGGCAGCAGUGGGCCAUGCUGUCAUCUCCUGGGGACUCACACAUUCCCACAAGUCUUCCCAACAUCAGUAUUUCACCAGAUGGUUCAACAAAAUGUCCACAUAGACAGAGUGGCAGAAAUUGCAUCACUUGUUUGAUAAACCUACAUGAUGUAUAGCCAAAGGUGAUUUUCUCACAUCAAUUUUUUACAUACCCACUGAAGACAAAUAAGAGAAUCAAUUUGUAAAAAGGUUGACUUUUUCAAAAUUUAGCUGCUUAUUCUUCAGCUUUUCAAACACAAUCAUGCAGUGUCCAAACUGCUUCAGGAUGUAGUCUCUGAAACUUCACAUCGCAAAAAUGGCUGUUCAAGUACUUGUAACAAGUAGAAAGCAUAUUAUCAUUACCAUAAAAACUGAUAGCAGUGCAUCACAUUCUCUCAAUUUAGAUCUAUGUUUAACUUUAUUAUUUGACAGUACAAAAUGAAUUAAACAACUGGAUAACUAGUUAAUGUUUAUACAUUGUAACACGGUCAUUCAGAUAGCAUUCACUAUUUUUCAUCAGUCAGUUGAGACUGAGUCUUGGACUUGGGGAAAUUAGGAGAUUAUAUUUACAUAUGAUAUUAUAUAGAUCAGAAAAUUAUAGAAAUUUGUUUGAAUCCUCCAUUGUCAGUUAUGUGGAUAAUUUAUUGUUGAACAUGUCCUUAUGAAUCUGUGGCAAGAAGAUAAUGUUGACUAUGGCUGUUAUCAAUAGAUGUCAACCAUAUGAAAAUGCCAUUUCAAAUCGUAGUACAGUUUGUAGUACACAUCGUAGGCUCAGCUUGUUUGCAUUGUUCAUCUAUGUUGAAGAAAACUAAGACAUGGGUGGGACUAUAGAAUUUUAUUUUAUUCGCAUUCAUUUUUAGAGUAUGGGACAAGAAGCUCACAAUGAGCUUAUGGAGGUCUUCUGCUCUGUAUAUUACAUACAAUGACAAUCAAAAGUAACAAAAUUGAGAUUAUAACGAAACGUAUAACUUAAGAUGACAUGAACAUAAAGUAAGUCAUUACGCAACAUAAGAAUAACAAAAAUACUAACAACAAAAACGGGAGAGCGCAUACAAGGCUGGCAUUACCAAUCAAUUUCAGAUCAGAUUAAGUAAAUCUUCCGGUCAUUUUGAUAAAGUUGAAAACAUAGUCAAAGAUAUUACAAUUUAUCGAGUGUGGGAGGAAAGGGCUGCCCAUUGUGAGAAGGGUGCAUAAGGUAUUGUCAGAUGAGUUAAGGGGGUCAGGCGAGAAAAAUUCUUCUAGGUUUAAACGGGAUAUGGAGUGCAACAUAUGAAUCCUUUUGCUAUUGUAUAGUUCGCAGUGCAACAAGUAGUGCUCAGUUGUCUCGUUUGAAUUCCCACAUUUACAAUUAGGGCUAGUUAUACAAUGGUGUUUGAAUAGGUGUGAGUUAAGCUGGCUGAAGUCGAGUCUGAGUCUAGAUUAUAGAACAUGUUUGACCUUUUGUCACCAUGGGGAUGCCCCUUGAAAUUGUUUAUUCACUGUUGGUAAAACUAUUUCCAACAUCAUGGGCAAUACAGAAGAAUAAAACAAACAUCUGUUUAUGAAGGUUUAUAGUUGGAAUGUGUGUGCAAGACAAGUAAUUAUAUUUAGUUACACUGUUUAGUUAUUAUAGGAUUGAUGACAGUAAUCAUAAGUCAUUCUCACGUGGAGAGCUGUCCAUGUCCUAAUAAACAUCAGGCCGGCAUUGACUCUGCCAAACCAGAUGGACUUGCAUCAGGCUUGCAUCACUGCAGGGUUUGAAGUUUCAGAGAUGAAGAACGAAUGUUCUUUUUUUUUAAAUAAAAAAUCGGAGAAAACCCACCUCUACCAA